AUGUCCAAAUUAUUAGUGUGUUUCGCGCUCUGCCUGAUUGUCAUCUGCUGCUUAUCCCGCACGGAGGCCGCACCAGCGAGAGAGCUUGAUUGGCGUACAGCUAUUGACUAUAUUAUUGCCGCAUAUGAACAUAAAUAUCCUGGUCCAUCAAAACGGUAUGCGCCGGAGUAUGCGCAUGUCAUCAAUCCUAAGGCCUUCAAUCCUUAA